AUGGGUGAAGAAAAGCUUGUCGCGCUCCAGUUGAUGAGAAAGUUCUUGGCGUUUGAAAAUUCUAAUGAGCCGUUGCAAAUAAAAUCGGUCGUGGUAAAAGAAGGGCUGAAAGGCAUAAUUUACAUCGAAGCCUUCAAACAAUCUCAUGUGGCCAACGCUAUAAAUGGUGUAUCAGCGCUGAAUCAGUUCAACGUUACGAUGGUCCCCAUCAAAGAAAUGGUUGACACUUUGAGAGUAGUCAAAGAUAUUCCACAAUUGAAAGUAAACUCUUAUGUUCGACUUAAGCGAACUAUGUACAAGGAUGAUCUUGCGCAGGUAGAUUGGGUCGACGUUGCCCAGAGUAAAGUUAAUUUGCGAAUCGUUCCACGUAUCGACUACAAUCGCAUGCGGGGAGCACUAAGAACGGAUGCUGAUCGGAACCACAAAGUAAAACGUCGACCGAUGCCGCGGCUCUUUGAUUUGGACCGAAUCAAUUGUAUAAAAUGUCAUCCUUCCAGAGAAAUCGGAGGUGAGGUCACAAAUGACGGCGAUUUU